GUGUUCCGUGCUCGCGCCUUUCUUUUCAAUCGUUUGUACGCGUAGCACGACUCCAUUUUAUCGUUGACGCAAAAAAAGUUGUAUGUGUGUUUAUUAACGUUUGUUAAUGUUUUAAAAAAAUGAGUGACUAUUCCUCGGUCGCUCCGCCACCAUCUCAAAAUUUCAAUCAGUCUUCAGCAUUUGCUGCAGCUUUACAACGCGCGAAACAGAUCGCAGCCAAAAUUAACCCAGGUACAACUAACCCAGCAGAUAAUAGAGCGAAGAGACCCCUGGAAGACAGUCCAGAUUUCAAUAUAGAACCGGAUGCGAAGAAAGGUCCCGGUGCGCUGGGACCUCCACCUAAUCAAGGACCUCCACCUCUUGGUCGGCCUCAGCAGAACCAAGGAAUGGGAGGCCCCGUCAUGGGUGGUAUUUCCCAAAUGAACGAAGACAUGAAAGUGCCAGACAAGAUGGUUGGAUUGAUAAUUGGUCGCGGAGGGGAACAGAUAACAAGGCUACAAUCAGAGACAGGCUGCAAGAUACAAAUGGCGCCUGACUCUCAGGGUAUGUCAGACCGAAUAUGUUCGUUGUCGGGUACUAAAGAGGCUGUCGAAAGAGCCAAAGAACUUAUCAUGAACAUUAUUCGUCAAAGGGGCAACAAUGAAGAGGACCCUGGCAACGAUAUGCACGUGCCGGGUAUGGGUCCUCCGGGCAAUCAAGGCGACAACUCAUUCAACAAUCAUUUUUCAGGAGGCAUGAACAACAUGAACCCCAACAUGGGAGGACCUGGCGGCGGACCAGGUGGUCCUGGGGGCGGCAGGAACACCCUGGAAAUCAUGAUCCCCGGUCCCAAGGUCGGCCUAAUCAUCGGCAAGGGUGGUGAGACGAUAAAACAGUUGCAAGAAAAAAGUGGUGCCAAAAUGGUCGUCAUACAAGACGGACCAAAUCAAGAGCACGAGAAGCCGUUGUUGAUCAGUGGAGAUCCCCAGAAAGUGGAGUUUGCUAAGCAGCUCGUGUACGAUCUGAUUGCGGAAAAAGAAAUGAAGAAUUUCAAUAGGGGUGGAAGAGGAAGAGAUGGCGGUCCAGGAGGCAGGCCACAGAACGAUUUCGGUGAUUUUGGUGGAGGCGGCGACUCUAUGGAGGUUCACGUUCCUAGACCGGCAGUGGGAGUUGUCAUUGGAAAGGGUGGGGAAAUGAUAAAAAAGAUUCAAGCAGAAACUGGUGCUAAAGUUCAAUUCCAGCAGGCUAGAGAUGAAGGACCUGGUGACAGACGAUGCUUUUUGUCUGGAAAUCCCAAAUCUGUUGAAAUGACUUCUCAUCAAAAUGUUAGCGACACCUCUGAAUCCAAAACAUUCGGGUGCGUGGAGGAUUUGAGUGUGAUCAAUCGUGUUGAAGGCUUUGACUGGAUCCAAAAAGAUGCAAAUGGCAGGUUCCUUUUAUGA